UAAUAAUAAUGUGAAUGUGGGCAUUCCAAAAUUGUGCUCUUUCUUGAAAUACUUGAAAAUCUUUUCUAGCAGUUGGUCUGUUUGUUUUAAUUGGGUUUUCUGUAUGUGAUGUAAAAAUGAUUCAUCAUAAUACAUAGUACUUGUCGAUGAAUGCCACCUAUUUUGUUGCUCUCUCUCUCUCUCUCUCUCUCUUCAGUUAUAGUCUUAUGAAAACUCUUCUCACGCCGCCCCUAAUACUACUUCCACACACUUUCACUUCAUCUGUUUUCUCACAAAUCAAGAAAACCUUUAUUUUUUGUUCAUCUUGAAAUCAAGAAAAGCUAUUUUCUUGAAAUUAAUAUUAUGAUGGAUUAGUCCAUGGACCUAUUUUUAGUGUGAUCAGUAAUGCUGACUGUUGUUUCACUGGCAUUUCUCUAUUAAUUUCAGAAAAUCUCCUUAUUUUGUUUGAUCUUUGUUCAAUCUCGAAAUCAAGAAAAGACAUUUUCUUCAAAUUGACAGUAUGAUCAAUUGCUUUAUGGCUCUAAUGUUAGUGUGAUCAGUAAUGCUGACUGUUCUUUCACUGAAGAAAGCCGUCUACGAAUAUAACUCAUAGUGAAGAGUAAUCUUGAUGCUGCCUAUUGUUCAGAAAAUGGAGAAUGGGGUAAAUGAGCUGGAAAAUGAUGAGUUUGAGAAACUUCUUGGGGAGAUUCCAAAUGUUACUUCUGGGAAUUCAUAUUCUGAGGAAUAUGGUGCCAUCAAUUGUCCAAAAUAUUUUAAUUUGGCAUCCUCGAAUGGUACUUUGGCAUUGCAUAGGUCAAAACCUAUCGGUAUCUUAGGCGAGUUAAAAGAAUUUGGUAAUCGAGUUGAGCAACUACCGAACAAGAGGUUUGAGUCAGAAGAAAUAAACUUACCAAAUGAACAAGCCAUAACGUCCGCAUUUGCUGAGUUGCGUGUAAAAGAUGGUGCCUUGUUAGAAUGUGCAGCUAAUUCCACGCCGUUGCUGAACCAUUUAGCUGUUGUGAAUGGACAGUGCAAAAAUAGCUUAGGUAAAAUCCCUUCGAAUUUGGAUUCGCAAGUGUUGGUUGUUCCCUCUCCAAGAACACCAAAUAAUCUACCUAGUGCUUUUAAUGGAUUUAGUCCAAAUAUUGGUGGGCACCAAAGUGGAUAUGUUAUGGAGAACAUAUCUGCGGCUGUACCAUUACCUCCUGGAGUGCAAGGUGUUCACCUACUUCAACCAAUUCAUCGGGUAGAUAUUCCAGUAAUUUCCAAUCAACAAUAUUCCUUGGAUGUUACAUCACCUGUUCCUUACUUGCAGUCACAAAUUAAUCGACACCAUGGAGCAUGUACACACAUUGAAGAGGAACAACAUUAUUUCUUAUAUAUGCAGCAACUUCACACUCAGCAAUUAGACAAUCAGUAUCCAAUUCAACCCGAUGGGUCAAUCACAAGUAGAUCAAUCAACAGGAGCUUCCGGCAACCAUUCACUGAGGUGCCGAUUCCUCACUUCAACCAGCAAGUUUCAAGAAGUAUAAACCCGUUAAAUUCCCUGUUUUGCUCAAUGGGUUCUGAUGCGCUGCAAGGUCUAGACAAAACAGAGAAACAAUACUUUCCUGAAAGAAUUUUAAGAAGAUCGCAUGGACUGGAGCCAGUCAAGUCUGCUAAAUACGGUUCUUUCGGAGGAACCGACUGUGUUUCAAAGAUGAGUCGAAAUAGAAGAGUUUAUCCCAGCGCUUAUUCGAAGCGUAGUUUCUAUUCUCCAAGUGCAGAAUCUCGCUUGGAUUGUCUCGAAUCAAGAAGCUUUUCUCCUGAUGCUGUUGAUUUCAAAUUUCAUCGGUGGUCACAAUCUCAAGAAUAUAACUUAAUGGAUGAUUUUGCUGGAAGAAUCUACCUCAUGGCGAAGGAUCAAAACGGAUGUCGCUUCUUGCAGAGAAAAUUUGCAGAAGGAACUUCAGAAGAUGUUGAAAAGAUUUUUCCUGAGAUCAUUGUGCACAUUGUGGAACUCAUGAUUGACCCCUUUGGCAAUUACCUUGUUCAAAAGCUUCUUGAGGUGUGCAAUGAGGAUCAGCGAAUGCAGAUACUUCGUGCAAUCACUAGAAUAGCUGGGGAUCUUGUAAGAAUUUCAUGUGACAUGCACGGGACCCGAGCUGUGCAAAAAGUUAUUGAAACGCUUAAAACACCUGAACAGUUUUCCAUGAUUGUCUCCUCACUGAAACCCAGUUUAGUGAAUUUAAUCAAGGACAUGAAUGGUAACCAUGUUGCGCAGCGGUGCUUGCAAUACUUGACACCUGAAUAUAGAGAAUUCCUGUUUGAAGCUGCUAUUAUCAAUUGUGUCGAACUCGCAACAGAUCGUCAUGGUUGUUGUGUGCUUCAGAAAUGUCUUAGUCAAUCUGAUGGUGGACAAAGACAUCGACUAAUCUAUGAAAUCACUUUUAAUGCAUUGGUCCUUUCCCAAGAUCCAUUCGGGAAUUAUGUUGUGCAAUAUAUUUUUGACAUUCGUCUUGCCUGGGCAACAGCAAAUAUUUUUGACCAGUUGCGGGGUAAAUUCAGUGACCUUUCUAUGCAAAAAUACAGCAGCAAUGUGGUCGAGAAAUGCCUAAAACAUGUGGACGAAGAACGUUCUUCAUAUAUCAUUGAGGAGCUCUUAAGUGAUCCUCGAGUAGACCAGAUCAUGCAAGACCCAUAUGGCAAUUAUGUUAUCCAAGCUGCUCUAAAUAUCUCAAAGGGGGCUCUGCAUAAUGCCCUAGAGGAGGUCGUGAGAGCCCAUGUUCCUGUUCUACGCACCAGUCCUUAUGGGAAAAAGGUCCUCUCAUGCAAUAGUCUUAAAAAAUAAGUUGUAGAUGGAUCGUGUACUUUAUGUGGAGUAAUAAGUAGGCGAAGAGAUGCCUUAAAUUUGCCUUCAUAGGCAGCCAGUAUCCACAAGUUUUGAGGCUCGAAAGGAGGUGGUAUAUUUGUCGCUCAUCUUAAUAGAUGAAUAGACGAUUUUGAGUACAUGUUACCCUCUUCUUGAAAUUUCAUCUAUUUCAAAGGUUCUAAAGCACAUUUUUCUCUAAAGGAACUAAAUUUGUAUAUUUCUGGUAAUGCCUUUCCUUCCACUCCACCUUCCCUGUGUUAUUGUGAAAGGUAUGGGGAAGAGGAACAUGUUUCUGUAGAAAUAAUCAAUUUUGAAGGUGUAUAAUUAUGCCUGGAUGGUUGCAGGAAGAAUUCUUUUGUAGUCACCAAUUACAUUCAUUCAUUUGUUUAUAGUAUUGUCUUCCAUGCCUUACUUCAAAA